CAAAGAGAGGCAUGUGGGGCCUGACAGCUCAGCGGCGCAUGUCAGCAGCUCCAGCCCCGCGGUGAACAUCUGAACUCCUCAGCGGGGUAAUGGACCCCCUCCUUCCCCCCCGGAGACACAGCCUGAGUGGCAGGAAUACCGAGUCUUUGGAGAGUGGCUCCCUCUCAGCUCUGUCACGCAAGGCCGCUCUCUGCACCGGAGCCCAUUCUACCAAGUGACUUAAAGGGAUUAAAAAAAAAAAAAAAAAAAACUUGGUGAAGAAAAGGGGGUAAAAGCCACGCAGAAGCCUUUCAGAGGAGGUGGCGGCCGACAGACAAAGGGGCAAAAGUUGAAAGAGGACAGCGAGAGGCCACCGUGGCAGGAUGGACGCCGGGCUCUAGGGCAUGCCUGGGGAGCAGGGGCCCAGAACACCCUCGGGCAGCACACGGGAGUCCUGGGGCUGCAGGGGGUGCCUCCACAGGCCCCUCAUGCACGCCCCUCACUCCGGGGAGAGAGGCCAGCAGCGCCUGGAGCCUAUGGGACAGAGCAUGCUACUCCAGCCCUGCAGCCAAGUCUGAGCGCGAGGAGCCCUGCAGAGCAGAGAACGGGGGGUCCUGCCCGCUCCCCGGGGUGCCCCUAGCUCCACGCAACACCCCAGCUCUGUGGCCUGCACCUGCGUGCCUGGGCCGUGGGGUCAGAAUGUGAGUGUGUCCGGGCCCACCUCAACCGGAAGCAUCCAGAACAGAGACCCCGGCCAGACCCAGCAGGCUCCGGGGCUGCAGCUCAGGAGGUGUUGAGGCUCCAAAUCAGGCGGGGCCCGGCGCCCCCAGCCAUCCACCAUGGUGGUGGCAUACCCCACUGCCGCCGCCGCCACCACACCUGCUGCCACCGUCACGGCCACCGUCGUGAUGACCACGGCCACCAUGGACCUGCGGGACUGGCUUUUCCUCUGCUACGGGCUCAUUGCCUUCCUGACGGAGGUCAUCGACAGCACCACCUGUCCCUCGGUAUGCCGCUGUGACAACAGCUUCAUCUACUGCAAUGACCGGGGACUCACCUCCAUCCCCGCUGACAUCCCUGAUGACGCCACCACCCUCUACCUGCAGAACAACCGGAUCAACAACGCCGGCAUCCCCCAGGACCUCAAGACCAAGGUCAACGUGCAGGUCAUCUACCUGUACGAGAACGACCUGGACGAGUUCCCGGUCAACCUGCCCCGCUCCCUGCGGGAGCUCCACCUGCAGGACAACAACGUGCGCACCAUCGCCAGGGACUCGCUGGCCCGCAUCCCGCUGCUGGAGAAGCUGCACCUGGACGACAACUCCGUGUCCACCGUCAGCAUCGAGGAGGACGCCUUUGCCGACAGCAAGCAGCUCAAGCUGCUCUUCCUGAGCCGGAACCACCUGAGCAGCAUCCCCUCGGGGCUGCCCCGCACGCUGGAGGAGCUGCGGCUGGAUGACAACCGCAUCUCCACCAUCCCGCUGCACGCCUUCAAGGGCCUCAACAGCCUCCGGCGCCUCGUGCUCGACGGCAACCUGCUAGCCAACCAGCGCAUCGCUGAUGACACGUUCAGCCGCCUGCAGAACCUCACCGAGCUCUCGCUGGUGCGCAACUCCCUGGCUGCCCCGCCCCUCAACCUGCCCAGCGCCCACCUGCAGAAGCUGUACCUGCAGGACAAUGCCAUCAGCCACAUCCCCUACAACACGCUGGCCAAGAUGCGCGAACUGGAGCGCCUGGACCUGUCCAACAACAACCUCACCACGCUGCCCCGCGGUCUGUUCGACGACCUGGAGAACCUGGCCCAGCUCCUGCUGCGCAACAACCCCUGGUUCUGCGGCUGUAACCUUAUGUGGCUGCGCGACUGGGUGAAGGCGCGGGCGGCCGUGGUCAAUGUGCGGGGCCUCAUGUGCCAGGGUCCCGAGAAGGUCCGGGGCAUGGCCAUCAAGGACAUCACCAGCGAGAUGGACGAGUGCUUUGAGACGGGCUCACAGGGAGGCGCGUCCGACGCUGCUGCCAAGACCACGGCCAGCAACCAUGCCUCUGCCACCACACCCCAGGGCUCACUCUUCACCCUCAAGGCCAAGAGGCCGGGGCUGCGCCUCCCUGACUCCAGCCUCGACUACCCCAUGGCCACGGGCGAUGGCGCCAAGACCCUGGUCAUCCACGUGAAGCCCCUGACGGCGGACUCGAUCCGCAUCACAUGGAAGGCCACGCUCCCCGCCUCCUCUUUCCGGCUCAGCUGGCUACGCCUGGGCCACAGCCCAGCCGUGGGCUCCAUCACAGAGACACUGGUGCAGGGGGACAAGACGGAGUACCUGCUGACGGCUUUGGAGCCCAAGUCCACCUAUAUCAUCUGCAUGGUCACCAUGGAGACUGGCAACACUUACGUGGCCGACGAGACGCCCGUGUGCGCCAAGGCCGAGACGGCAGACAGCUACAGCCCCACCACCACACUUAACCAGGAGCAGAGCGCAGACCCCAUGGGGGGCCUGCCCCUGGCGGGCAUCAUCGGUGGUGCCGUGGCCCUCGUCUUCCUCUUCCUGGUCCUGGGGGCCAUCUGCUGGUACGUGCACCGGGCCGGUGAGCUGCUGACCCGGGACCGGGCCUACAAUCGGGGCAAUCGGAAAAAGGACGACUACAUGGAGUCCGGGACCAAGAAGGAUAACUCCAUCCUGGAAAUCCGAGGCCCUGGGCUGCAGAUGUUGCCCAUCAACCCUUACCACGCCAAAGAGGAGUACGUGGUCCACACCAUCUUCCCCUCCAAUGGCAGCAGCCUCUGUAAGGGCACGCACACCAUUGGUUACGGCACCACACGGGGCUACCGGGAUGGUGGCAUCCCCGACAUAGACUACACCUACACAUGAUACCAGCCACACGGGCCGCCUCCGCCCCAGCUCCUGCCGCCCCCCCCCUGGCCUGGCGACAACGUGGCUCUGCCCAGCCUGCUGCCAUCCCAUAGAGCAAGGAGAAGGAAUUCCACGAGGACUUUCCCAGCAGAAAGCAAAGUUUGGGAACGGUUGACGAUUUUAUAGAACACAACAGUGGAAAAAAAAGAUUUUUUUUUAAAGAAUAGAAAAUAGGAGGGGGAUUUGACGUUGCUGAAGACAUAAUUUAUACCAAAUUAUGCCAGUUGGGAAAGGAAGGACUAAAAAUAAUAUUGCAGGAAGGGUUGGGUCAGGGUUUUUUUUUUUUUUUUUUUUUUCCUGAACUGGAAAGAUACUACCUGUCUGUGUGCGCCUCACGCUCUGUUCAAGGCCGUCACAAAAGAACCGUCAGAGAGAACAGCCAACACGCGAAGCCCCAACGCAGCUCUUGCUGCCGGCUCCUCGCUAGUGACAACGACAUGAUGGAAGGUUUUCAGGCUCUUCACAAAGGAGAAGGGGAAGAAAAGAUCUUUUUGCUAUGGAGAAACUGUCCUGAAACCUCUUGCCUGGUUCUUUCCAUAACAUUUCCCUUACAGAUUUGCAGAAAGAGCACGUCUUUCACUGCAUUCUUUGAACAAUGGUGUAGUCAAUUAAAAAGCAAACUUUCUUUUUCCUAUACCGAAACCCUCUCCAGUUCCGUGCACCACGCUCCAUGGAAGCCCCCUGGGGGAGCUGUGGUUUCCCAGCCAAGCGGAGGUGCAUCUAUCUACCUGUCAAUCUCUGUGUCGUGUCUCUCAAUACAGAUGGGUAGAUAGAGCCUCAUAUCCGGUCCUUACUACUUCUUGGGUCAGUUCGUACAAUUUCCUGAGACAAUAGAGUCACGAAAACGUUGCUUUCUCCUAGAAAUCAUUGAGUAAGUAGACAAAGCGUGUUGGGGGUGGGAGUCGGGAGGGGGAACAAUGCUGUUCCUAAAGGCGGAGGUGUAUCUGUCCCAGUCGGGUGGCCAGGGAGACCCCGGGCAAGGGGCACCCUCAGUUCAACCCUAUCUCAGGUUGGCCAGAGCUGGUCGGCACUCUUUUCUGAUACAGAGAAAAGCGUUCUUUGAUGGCCGGUGUGCUCGUCUCUCCCCCCUGCCGUCCCCCCCAAGAUGCAGAUGCAGUCACCUCAACAGCGACUUUCUCUUUCCUCUGUGCUGUGUGCUUCCUCCUGGGACAGGUAAUUGGUGCAGGGACUUUUUUUUUUUUUUUUUUUAUGAGCUGAUUAGACCUAAUGGUUUCCAUGGCUGCUCAAACAAAGCCCAGAAAAAGACGUGAACAUUCUCAGAAGAGCCCUGGGAGACAGCAGCCCCCCGAACGCAGAGCACUCGGCCGCACCCACCCCUGGCACUCUGCUCUGGAGAGGGAAGACCAGACCUCCAGAAAUGCCAGCUCCAAAAGGGUACUGACCGGGGCCCUUGGAAGAAUUCAGUUUUUAUUUCCUCCCCCCGGCCCCCGGAACCUGGGUUGCCAUCAUUUAUCAACUGGCAGUGCGGUCUGGUGAGCCAUGAGAUUAAAACGGUAAUGAAAGGAUGACAGCCAAGCUGGAGUGAAGGCGGAGCGGCGUCCGGGGUUCUGCGGUCUCCCGUGCCCUGGCCCUCAGGAAGCUCGGGCCACCACCUGUUAACAUGCCCCUGGUGCUGUGCUGGGGAAGAGCCAUGUCGGAGGAGAGACACUGGCCCGAGGGCAGGGGAGACUGGGGAGGUGUCUGGCUCCAGGUGCUGGCGGUUUCAAAAGGCCUCAACUGCACUGACAAAAGCCAAGGGCAGGAAGAAGAUGCUGACCGGCAGUCACGGGGCUGCCGGGGCUGGCCACUCACUGGUCGUGAAAAGAUGUGACUGGCCCCCUCAGUGAAGAGGCAGGGGUUGAAAGGAAUGGUCACAAGAGCCGUGUGAGUCGGGUGGAGGAGAGGUACGGCCCCCUCCCUCGCCAGGCUGGAGGGAGGGUCUCGCUCUCGCCCCACGAUGGGGAGUCCGGCUCCCCAGGCCCAGGGAGAGGCGCAGGGCAUGGACACACUCCACUCGAAACUAAGCCUCCCCACCCUUUGGCCCAUUUGAAUCAUUUUCUCACACAAUGAGAUCAAGAGAGAGAUUUUUCCAAGCCUUAAUUUCAUGUCUCUGUGAAGGUCGCCCUCCCUUUGGCCUCAAGUGCCCCUGACACAGGCUGUUCGGGCAGCUCGGGGAGGAGCAGAGGGUGCGCGCAGAUGUAGGGCAUUGGCUCAGGAAGAGGGGGAAGGGACAGAAGCCCGAGGUCCCUGCUGUUUCAGAAGUGAGGUCCCCUCCCUCAUGGCACCACUCAUGCCUUCUGCCGGUGUCCCAGGCCCUGGCCUUGCCACGGCACCCCAGUCCCCACUGCCAACAUGCUUGGGCCCCCAAUCUUACUCUGGGGCCUCCUUUCCCCUCAACCACACCAGGAGGAGGUCAAAUCAUGCCCUUUGAGGUUAGGAAGGCAUUUGGAGAACAGCAAGUGGCCCUGGAGUCAGUGAGGUCAGAAAGGCCUGCAGGCCUGGGUGAUCAGCUUCCCUCCCCCCCAGCACAAAGCAGGCCCGGGCACACCUGGGCCUGAGGACACGCGGGUCUCCUGCUCCCCGGGGGCUCAGGCAGGGGCUCACCGAGGGCUCACUGCAGGCGUCCUCCUGCCCUGUGAGUGCUGAGGACGGUGGAGACUCGCCAGCCGGGCCCUGGGGUCUGCUCUCACCUUCCCGCCCCUCAGCAUCAGACAUCCUCCCGGAGUCCUUUCUGAGAGCGAGCUCCCAAAUGUCUGCCGCCUCACAGCUCCCCAAGCCAAGGAGGGGGCCUGAAGCCAGGCCUACUCCGAAGCCCUGUCCCUUCCUGGUCCAACUCCUCUGAGUGUCCUCAUAACACAAGGAGAGAGAUGCUGCAGGACUGCCCAGCCUCCCCCAGCCCCUAGCAGUGCCUGAGGACACAGGGCCCGGGAAGACAAGCCCAGGGCCCAGGCUACCACUUCUGUCUAGAAUCUCCCCUCUGUGGGCGGCCGACCUGACCCUUGCAGCCUCUAACUAGCCAGAACAACCUCAUUGGCCUCAGCGUUGAUGAGUGUAUUCUGUGGCAUUUAUAGCAGGUUUUAAGUUUUUUUAUAAAAAGAGCCCAUGACACUUCUUUGGUUAAGUGGUUUACCCUUCGUGGUAAUUAGAUGUAGUGAUUAGAAUCUCUUUUCUAUUACAUGGCAAUUUUCCUUUAAAUUUUCCCUAAAAAAAAUAAAAUAAAUAAAAUAAAAAAAGGGGGGGGAAGGCGAGGCAAGAGAGGAGGCAGCAGGGCCAGGCGAGUCAUUUGCAUUUUGCGAAUGAGGCCUCUUGUAAGCUCAGCUCAGGCGUGGGGCCCAACGUAUGGAAUGCUUAAGAGAUUACUAAGAAUAAAAUCUAUUAAUUAGUCAUACUCAAUUCUGCAGACAUGAUGUGCAUCAAAAGCUUCUUUUCUUCCCUUUUCUCCUUCCCCUUUCCUGUGGCCUCCCUGAGGAAGCCUCCAUCUUCUCUAAAUUGCCUCCAGCUUCCUGGGCCACCGCCACAGGAACAUGGCAG